AUGGAUAUCCACCGUUGUCGUUUCGUUUCUUAUAACCCACAGGCGAUCAAUGCACUUGCAUUCUCGCAUCCCCCGUCAGCAGAUCUAGCUGGACGUGGCGUACCCACCCUCCGACUCGCGAUCGGUCGUGCGAACGGUGAUAUCGAAAUAUGGAACCCUAUGCGCGGCGCCUGGUUCCAGGAGACCGUGAUGCGUGGAGGCAAGGAUAGAAGCAUUGAAGGACUCGCAUGGACUCUGGAUCCCCAGGAGGAUGGGCCAGAUGGCACCAAAUUACCAGGGAAGCUGCGUCUGUUUAGCAUUGGAUACUCCACAGCCGUCACCGAAUGGGAUCUUGAGAAUGGCCGCCCGCUGCGUCACUCCAGUGGAAACUAUGGAGAGAUUUGGUGUCUUGCUGCGCAGCCCCGCUGGCAGGCGACCAAGGGCAAAGAUGGGAAGCCGCUUCCUCCCGCCGAGGGCGAGCACACCGGUCAGCACCUCGCCGCAGGAUGUGCGGAUGGGUCAAUUGUCAUCUUGUCUACUGCCGAUAACGAGCUCAAAUUCUUGCGCCUGAUGCGUCCCUCAACGAAAAGAGCGCGCGUCCUCAGCGUUACCUUCCAGAACCGCCAUACCAUCGUCGCGGGUUAUGCUGAUAGUUCUAUCCGUCUCUUUGAUAUUCGCAGUGGUCAGAUGCUGCGGACAAUCUCUCUGGGCAAAGGUCCUACAGGAGGUCCGAAGGAAUUGUUGGUUUGGUCGGUGAAAUGUCUGCCGGACGGCACGAUCGUUUCGGGUGACUCGGCUGGUGAAAUUCGGUUCUGGGACGCAAAGAACUAUUCUCUCGUUCAACGGAUACAGGGCCAUCUUGCAGAUACUCUCGAUAUCGCAGUGAGUGCCAAUGGAGACACUGUUGUCAGUGGCGGUGCCGACCAGAGGACGGUCGUCUACCGCAAGAAGGAGGGCGAGAAGGGCGACAAGAAGGGUCGCUGGGCUGAGAUCAUGCAUCGUCGCUACCACACCCACGAUGUCAAGACGUUCGCUGUCUACGAGACGAAGGAUAUCAGUAUCGCUGUGUCUGGAGGUCCCGAUGCAACACCAGUUGUUCUCCCUCUGCGUGAAUUCGGAAAGGAACACCACCGCAAGCUUUCGAGUCUUCCGCAGAUUCCCCAGCUCACCUCCGCGCCGUCGUCUCGUUUGGUUAUGAGUUUCUGGGAUAGAGAAGUGAGCUUGUGGCGUGUGUCUCGAGGCCCUGCGUCUUUGCAUGAGAACAUUGAUGGCCAACGGCAUAGACUUGUUGGUAAGGUUCUGAUCCAGGGCGAGGAAAACAUCUCAUCGGCGAUGCUGUCUUCAGAUGGCAAGACGCUCGCUGUUGCAACCAUUGCUGAGGUCAAACUGUUUUCUCUCCGUCGGCGAAAGGGCGAUGAGAAGGGUGCUCUGCGCAUCCAGAAGAUCGACGUACCUAAGGUGCUUUCCGAUGAAGGUGCUCGCCUUGUGACCAUUUCCCCGACGGCCGAUGGCUUUCAAUUUGAGAAGCCUCAAGUGGUGCCACAGUUUGCGAAGCUCAAGAGAGUCGCCCGUCAUGUACGACACGAAAAGGCAUCCCACGGAACGUUGGGUGACUACGAGAGAACAAUACGAUCUGUGGUGUUUUCAGAUGACAGCAAGGUUCUGGCGUGUGGUGAUAUCUCUGGUUGUGUCGACACCUGGGUGCUGGGCGCAGGAGCCGCGAACGGUGCGGCCAAACGUAGCGGAGCCUCAGAGUCCGACGAUGAUUCAUCUGAUGAUGAGGACGAGGACGUUGUGAUUGAGGGCGAGCGCUGGACUACCGCUGCCACCGAAUCACCAAUCCCCCGUAUGAAGUCCGGCAUCACUUUGUUGUCCUUCCGUCCCAAGUCUGCCCCCACACAAAAGCUUCUCGCCAAUGGCACACAUCAGUCCGGCGAGGAUCGUCUGAUGGUCCUCACAAGUGAGCACCAGCUCAUCGAAUUUGAUGCUCGGGAUGGCAAAUUGUCCGACUGGUCCAGACGCAAUCCCAAGGCAUACCUCCCCGCAGAGUUCCGAGGCGUUAAGGACCGAGCUAUGGGCUGCAUGUGGGAUCUUUGUGAGGGCCGCGAGCGCCUCUGGCUCUACGGAGCAUCAUGGUUGUGGAUGUUUGAUCUGCUCCAAGACUUCCCCUCGCCCGAUGAGGCUGAAGCUAGGACCGAAGAGGGCAAGACCGCGGGUCAGCUUGCCAAGGCAUCGAAGCGCAAGCGCGAAGCCCUCGACGACGACGAAUACGAGCGUAGGAAACACAACACUGGUGCCGGUGACCGAAUCCCUCAGUCACAGAUGGAUGUCCACUUUGGCACCAAGGUCCGCAAGAUCGUCGGCAGUGAUGAAUCGCAGGGAGAAUGGAUCGCGCUUGACAAGGAACGUCCCCGUGUCCCAGGCGAAGAUGACGAGGCCUACGAGUACGACGAGUCCUUUGCAGCCACCAAUGAGACAACCCUCGCCCGUCUACGACGUGGAGAUGGAACUGCGGUCGAAACCGAAACCCCACAGAAGGGAUCACGGAAGCACACCGGCGAUACCCCGAAGAAGCAGCUGGUGGAGACCAAUGGUGCCUCAGCUCAGCCUACACGUCGGUGGUGGCACACCUAUAAAUACCGUGAUAUCCUUGGCAUUGUACCUCUCAACACCUUGUCGGAUGACGAUUCCGACGACCAGAGCCUCGAGUGGGAUUCUGGAAGUCGCAGUGGUGGAGCGACCUAUGUGGGACGUUGA